UAUAACAUAAAAUCUCAGUAGGUGUGACACAACUAAUUAUUUGCGAUAGUAAUGAUUAAAAAUUGCUCGUGAUAAGUCUCCCAUAGCAAUGGAGUCGAGGGUCACCAGCGGCACAGGUCCACCGAACACCAUUAUGAUCCAGCUGGUGUCCCAACAGCCCAGUUCCUGUGGGCAGAUGCAGGCCAUGCCCAUUUCGGUGCAGACGAUACCCUUGUUCCCCAAUUCCAGAACAUCGACAGAGCGACCUUGUCGAUCGGCUUCCAUUGCGCCGAAUGUAAGACCUCCAACGGACGUCCCUCCUCCUCGAAGGAAUUUCAGAAUCCGACCCGAGGAAUAUGGGACACCCAAGCGGAAGAAUUCGCAAAGCCAGUUUCGUAAUUUCUCCCGCGGCAUGAACCAACCUCCACCGGUGUACUAUGUUCUUCGACCAGAAGACGGGGUUAUGCCCAUCUACAUACCACCUCCGAGGUUUAACAAUGGGCAAGGAGCAAGGAUGGCGACGGAGUGUCCUUGCUGUGGCCAUGCCAAGUCAUUGUGCACGGAGGAACCUCUAGGAGUCCACAGAGCGCAGAAACAGUUUGUCAAAUUAGAGAAGGAAACUCCUGGACAUCGGGAUCAAUGCACUAACACCAUUGACCAGGCAGAUGUGGGAAACAUAAGGACGAUUUACGAAACCUUAGGACGUGCAAUGGUCACUGCCGCCGUAGAGGCAGCACAGAGAUCCCAGCCAGCAGGACCCUCAGAUCCGACAAAUGUAAUAUUGAAAUUAUUAACCCAGUUGGGGGAGCAGAAUCAAACAACGAGCUGGAGUCCGCAUUCAGAUGGAGGAGCAGGGAGUCCCGACCACCAACCAGAUAUGAGCAGGCACAAAGCCAGCUUUUCGGAAACAGUCCGCGUGGUGAAGAGAACCUCGUCUGACCCAGCCAUUGCUAAAGAGCCACCAGAUGAGCUAGAUGAUGAACGUAGGCUUCCAUCUGUACUCUCCGAUGGUCGUCUUCACGUCGAUUAUCCCAAGACGCCUAGACCAACACCAACAUUCUCCGUCGAAUCUGAAAACACCCUUGAUUCUGGUUACUCGCCAAACCUGGAAAACUCCAUUGGACAUAGCCAGGCGUAGCAGUGAGAUGCUCUUCACUGAAGUUUCCUAGAUCAGAAAAUAAUGUAUCUUCCACAUGACAAUUAUUAAACUUUAUGCUCAUUGGCCUUGAAGCUUUAAU